AUGGGCUUGGAAGAAGACCAUGUCAUCAGCGAUCAACGGUAUCAUGGCCACUUUGAAUGUGUGAUCUGCCAGAGCAUUGUCGAUCUUGAUUGCCUUGUGACGACCACCUGUUCCCACGCAUUCUGUCGACAAUGCUUGAAGUUUUGGCUGGAGACUGACAAGACAACCUGCCCAACCUGCAGCAGAGAUUUGCUUUACAGCAGCAAUGCGACUUCAUCAUCACAUGAUUCGAAAUCUUACAUGAUGAUUGGAUGCAAGAGCGUAAUGGUGCAGCCCCUGUCAAAGGACCAACCAUUGGCCUAUCGAUUAUUGAAGAGUAUCAAUGUCAAAUGCCCCUUGCGAAAAACACUGGGAUGUACGUGGUCUGGAGACUAUGGCGACCUUCAGAACCAUUUGCUCAGCGCUGAUCAUGAUGCUUUGGAACAGCAGUCGCCGUCCUCGCCUGCUCAACAAACGCCCGAUUCAGAGUCGCCAGUACAAAUGGAUGCAGAAGAAAAUAAAGCACAGGAACAAAAGAGACAGCUUGAGAAAAAAAUCUCCUUGGCCUCAUCGCUCAAAGAAGAGGCUAAUGGACAAUUUGGAACACAGCAUUAUCGAGAGGCCACUUCGUUGUAUUCCAAGGCUAUAUCGGUUUUGAGUCCCUUCGAGUCUGAAUCGAAAGAAGAUACAGGAAAAGGAUCACCCAAGACCACUUCAACAGAUCUCAUUGCGCUCUUGACCACGCUGUAUUCCAAUCGAGCAGCUGCAUAUUUGCAACUACAAGAAUACCACAAAUCCUUGGAAGAUUGCGAUCAUAUACUCAAAAAGUUGGACUCUACCAAUGUCAAGGUAUUUGUUCGAGCUUGUCGAGCGGCAAUUCAAUUAGGUCAGCUCGACUUGGCACAAAAGUAUGUCCAACAAGGAUUGAGCCAAAAGACACAAAACCCAGUCCUUCAGAAAGAACAACGCCGCUUGGCGCAAAUGACGCAAUGGACCGCCAUGGGGACCAAACAACUAUCCAGUCAGCAGUAUGCAACUGCCAAAUCUUGCUAUUCCAAUUUGAUCAAGGAGGCACCAGCUGCAAUUCCCUUUUUGUUGGGUGCCGCCCAAGCCGAUUUGGGUUUGGGAUUGACGGAUUCGGCCUUGAGGUUGACGAAACGAGUGCUCACGCAACACGCCCAAAAUCCCCAAGGAUGUUGGGUCCGUGGACAAGCAGUCUUUUUGAUGGGCGACUUGAAAGUGGGUCUCAAACUCUUGCAAGAAGCGCUUCGAUUGGACCCCGAUUCGGCGGAAAUUAAAAACUCCUUCAAGGCAGCCAAGAAGGUAGAGCAAAGCAUUGAAGGAGCCAAGAAGAAGAUGUUUUCGCGAAACUUUCAAGAGGCAGUUGACCUACUGACUUCUUGUGUAGAUAUCUACAAGCCUCUCCCGCCCAAAUCUCCCUUGUAUGCCAACUUGCUCACCCAACGUGCCCAAGCCUAUCUGCGAUUGAAAGAAUACAAGAACUGCCUGAAGGACUGCUCCUUGGUCCUGUAUGCGCAAGAGUACAAUAUUCCAACAUGGCUGAUCCGAUUCCAAGCCCAUCACGGACUAGAGGACCAUGAAACGGCCAUGGAAGAGAUCAAAGAUUUGCUUCGAAGGCUUCCACAAGAAGAACAAUUGCAAAAGGCAUACGUCAAGGCCGACUUUUUACUGCGCAAGCAGAAACGGGUUGACUUUUACGAACUGCUGGGUGUCUCUUCGCUUGCGAGUGAAAUGGAAAUCAAAAAGGCAUACAAACGAAAAGCUCUGGAGCUACAUCCUGAUAAGCUGCCGCCAGGAUCAUCAGAAGAAGUUCAAAAGAAGGGUCAACAACAAUUCCAAUUGCUGGGGGAAGGAUUGGAGAUUUUGUGCGACGAUUUCAUGAGAAAGCUGUACGACGAAGGCUACGAUCCGGAAGCAAUUCGAGAGAGGGUGGAAGCAGCGAAACAGGCAGCCCAUCAACACCGAGGUUACAAUCCUCACCAUCACUAUUAA